AAUAAUCACAUUUUUCAUAUAUUAACAUAGUUUCAUUUAAAGCAAAUUAAGUAAAUUAAUCAGGUUUUCAAUAUUAACUGGACAUAUCAUUAAGUCAAGAUUAUUUCAAAAUCUGAUAUCCAUUACAAUUCAAAUACUUGCUUGCAAACCAUAUAUAAAUAAUUUAAUAAAGAUACUGAGUCAAUGCAUAAAAUAGGCUUGGUGCCAAGAAAUCAAAAUUCAUAUAAUUUAGAGAAUGUUAAUAAUGAAAAUCAUUAGAAAAACAUUCAAAUAAAUAGCAAUAGCGCAGAGUCAUAGUAGCAAUAAAUGGGAUAUAUUGUUUAUUCUUAGCCAAAUACAGCUAGAAAAAAUAGCUUUGGGAACUUAAAAUCUCAUAAUGCGAAUACCUCGAUGAAUUAAUAGCAACUUGGUGCAAGUUAUGUAGGAUUAAAUAAUUAAAACUAGCAAACAAUAAUAAAUAAUAGCUUGAACAUGAGCAGUAUGAUUAGAAACGGAAAUAUAAAUUAAACAAGAUAGGCUGUAAAUUAAUUUAUUUUGCCUGUUCCUUUAAAAAAUGAAACUCUCAAGGCUCAAAGCUCUUUGCCUUAGCUUCAUAAUAAUAUGAAUAUCUCUAAUUCAUUAAAUAAUCCACUAAAUCUAAAUUAGUCUUCAAUCAAUUAUGCUUAAAAUAAUAAAUUGUAAAACUCAGAAGUUAUAAACAGGUCUUAUUAAUAAUAAGGCAGAAUUAGAGGUAGCAAAUUGAAUUAGUCUGUUUCGCUUGCUUCGUUAGGUGUUGGAUCAACUAAAAAUUUAGGAAAAAGAUCAUUUUAUCAUCAUUCAAAUAUAUUCAAUUUAAAGCAUUAUAAAAAUUUAACAAGUCAUAUCAUAGACGGAACUGAUAUAGAUGAAAUUAAGAAUAACUAAAAGAGUAUUUUGAUUAGAGAAUUCCGUUAUAAGGUAGAUUAAUACCUUUUAUUCUCUAAAUACCGUUAGGAAUAGGCAGCCAAAGAAUUUAAUUCAUAUUAUGCUAAGGUUUAGGAUUAGUUAUUUAGCUCAGAUGGAUAAUAAUCUCACAGAUUAUUUUAAAAUGGGGUUGGUUCAAAUGGAAAUAAUGGAGGGAUAUCUUUUUUUACUAUGAAUUAUGACGAUUAAAAUUAAUCUCUAAGUAUUAUUUAACCUGAGUUGAAUAAGAGCUUGCUUAAUAUUGACGCCAACAGAUUUAAUUACUCUAAGCUCUCAAAAGAAGAAGCAUCACUUAUACAUAACAUAAAUGUUGAUAUAUACUUAGAGGAUUAGCUUGGCAAACAAAAGCAUGCACCUCACAAAAUAAACCAUGUUAAACUUUAGGAUUAUAUUCUCUAAAAAAUGAAAUCUUAUUUAUCUAAUGAUACUGAAUAUGACAAAAAAAUAGAGUUUGUAACAAAGGAAUACGAAAGGAUUCUUGAAAAAAUAUAAACAAGAUCUUUCAAAGUGAAGAUUCCUUUUAAUUAUGAACCUCAGAUGCAAUCAUUUAACGAAUAUUACAAGGUUGAUCCUUCUAAGCUUAAAUAGUCUUAAAUUUAACUGACUUGGUAAGAUAUAGAGGCAAAUGUAAUGAAUCAAGUUUUAGAAGAGUCUAAAUUGACAGAUCAAAUCGAAGUAGAUAAUUAAGAUGAUAAUGAAUAGAUAGAAGAAAGUUAUGAAGAAAUAGAAAUAGAGGAAUAAAAAAUUGAUGAUGAAGAUGGAAGUUAUUAAGACUAAGAUAAUAUCAAUAACCUAAAAAACAGAGAUAUAGGAAGUGCCAUGAGAACUAAAAGGCAAUAAUCAUAAAGCAAACAGUAGUAGAAAUAAAUUUAAUAGUCAGUUAGUGCAUUUCAAGAGAGACCUCAAGUUACUUAAGUAAAGGUAGUUAAGAAGAAAAAGAAAAAAACUGAUAAGUAAGACACAAAUCCUGAUGAGAAUUAAGAUGAGAAAUAAAAUUCUUAGUCUUCGAGAUCACCUCAAAAUAGAAAAAAGAAGAAAAAUGACCAAGAUAAAGAAAAGAGUGCUAUUGAAGAAUAUAUAGUUUAUAGGGAACUUGUGCCAUAGCAGAGACCACCAAAAUAAAACAAACCGUAAACUACAUAGCAGUAGGUAUAGCCAGUUAAAAAGUAACCACCAGUUAAAAAGGUAGUUUAGCCUAUGGUUGGAACUCCUAAGCCUAAAGUGUAAUAAAUAAUUCCUCCUCCACCUACUAUCUAGAAUUAAAGUCCUUCUUCAAGAUAGCAGUAAUCUACUGAAUCUCCAAGAUAGGUAAACUAAACUGUCAAAUCAUCUUAAAACUCAGAUAGCGAAGAAGAUGUUUUGAUUUUUGAAGAAGAAGAAGUUCCUCCUCAAUAAGCUAAUUAGCAAGAAAUUUAGAAAUAGUAAACUGUAGAUAUAGAUUAAAAUGAAUAUGAAGAAUAAAAAGAUGAUGAAGAAGAAGAAGAAUUUGUAGAAGAGGAAGAGGAAGAAGAUUAAUAAAUUGACUAAAAUUUAGAGGAUAAUAAUAAAUAAAAUGAUGUUGAAGCACUUGAUAUGACAAAUUCUCCUAAGCCAGCUAGGAGCAAGCAAGUUACAUAACAACAACAAUUAAAAAAAUAGUUAUCAAAAAAACCGUCAUCAUAAUCUCCAAGAGCAUUCAAUCAGCCUUCUCCUAAAGAGAAAACUCCUAGUUAUUCAAAUAAAGCUUUAAGAUAAUAAGCUUCCAAAUAAGUUGAAUAAGUUGAUUAGGUGGACAGUUAAAGUGAAAACAAUGAUGAAAAUGAUAUUUUAGAAGAUGAGGAAUAUGAAAAAAAGCUUAUUCAGUAGUAGUAAAUUCCAAUAAAUAUUCAAGAACCUAAGAGUGAAACUCCAAGAAAAAAAAUUACUAAGCCUUCAAAAUAAAAGCCUUAAUAAUAGGACUAAACACCUAGAUCUGUCAAUGUAAAUGAAUCUCCAGCACAAACUCCAUAAAAUUAAACUAACAUACAAGAAACAGAAUUCUCUUACUUUAACGAUUUAAGAAUUAAAAAAAAGGUAGGCACAGGUUUAAUUGAUGAACUUGUAAAAACAAAUUAUUUGCUUGAUUUUAAUCCUUUAAGCUUCAAAAAAUCAAGAAGACUGCCAGACCUUCCCCUUGACUUAGAAUUUAAGAACGAAGAAGACAAAUAGCUGUUUGAUGCAAUAUUUAAGUGGUAAUAUGAAGUAGAUUUGGAAAUAAAUGAAUUAGAAGAGACAUUACAAAAGACUCAGAAAAAACGCGGAGAUGAUGAAAGUGAAGAUGAUGAAGAUGACGAAGAUGGUCCCCAUGAAAAAAGCAGUGUUCAUUCAAGUGAUAUUACAGAUUUUGGUUAACCAGAUCAAGAUAAAAACUCUUUAUAAAAUAUAUCAUCUGGAGGAAUUAGCGAUAUAGACUGA